AUGAGUGGCAUGCGUAUGAUCCCCAGGCAUGAGCACCCUGCCCCCACAAGUGGCAUGGACGACAUGAGCGGCAUGAGCAUGAGUGACAUGAGCGGCAUGAGCGGCAUGAGCGGCAUGAGCGGCAUGAGCGGCAUGAGCGGCAUGAGCGGCAUGAGCAGCAGCAUGGGUGCGUCGAGCACCGGUAUGGGCGACAUGGGCGACAUGCACGGCAUGCACGGCAUGGAUGGUAUGGACGGCUCGUGCGGUAUGAGCAUGCUCUUUAACUGGAAGGUGGUUGGAACGUGUCUCCUCUCCCCCUCUUGGGUAAUUACCGACGAGGCCAAGUUUGCCGGAUCGUGUGUCGGCCUUGCAUUCUGGGCGAUGCUCACCGAGCUAAUCCGCCGCUGGGCGCGCGAGUACGACCGCUACAUUAUGGCUUCGGCGACCCAGUCUCUGCUGGUCGAGAAGGAAAAGUACCCCGAAGAGUUUGCGCAGCAAAACUUCCUCGGCAAUCUUGCUGCUGAGCAGAGCCGCCGCGAGGCGACCAAGUCCUCCGGCCUUGGCCGCUACCUCGGCAUGGCGUUCAACCCUGCCCAUGUGAUGAACCCUCAGCCUCUCCGUCUGCGCCCCACGUUGAUCCAGCAGGCGAUCCGUUCGAUUUUGUACGCGAUUACCUUUACGAGCGCCUACCUGAUCAUGCUGGUUGUCAUGUCGUACAAUGCGUACAUCUUCAUCUCGGUGAUUCUCGGCACGAUGAUCGGCCACUUUGUCUCGACGUGGGACACGCUCGGCGCGGUCUCCCCCAGUGUGCUCGAGACGAACCAAAACGUGCGCUACAUGUCCUCGAACCGCUCGCCUUCCGACGGCACGGUGAACGCGCAGCCCGAGUUUGGCAAGGUCCCUCCCGCGAUGUCUGCUGCGCCUACCGCGACACACCUGCCGAGCGAGGGUGAGGCCGCGCGUGUGGACGCUGCGCCCGUCCCUGCAAUUGAAACUGCGAACCUCUAUACGAAUGAGCGUACGGCCGAGGUGAACCAGGUUGGUUCGUCCUACCACAGUCACAUGGGUAUCUGUUAA